AUGGGUCAAACACUAUCCAACCCAGCAACGGACAAACACAGUGAAAGUGGCGAAGACCUCCGGUAUAUCUAUGGAGUUUCUGAGAUGCAGGGAUGGCGCAUCACUAUGGAGGAUGCGCACACGACCGCAUUGAAGCUUAAAGACGGAGAGGGGGAGGAUGCGGACGAUGGCAACGCUUUCUUUGCUGUCUAUGACGGCCACGGUGGAGGCGCCGUCGCGCGAUUUGCGGGACAGAAUGUCCACAAACGUCUUGUAAAGGAGGAGGCAUACCGCAAUCAGGAUUGGUCAGAGGCGAUGAGGCGCGCCUUUCUCGGCACAGAUGAGGACAUGCUUGCUGACCCCGCGUACACUCGCGAGCCGUCAGGUUGUACCGCCGUGGCGACCCUUAUCACAAAAGACGGUAGGAUAUUCUGCGCAAACGCAGGUGACUCGAGGAGCGUGAUGAGCGUCAAGGGCGAGGCGAAAGCGCUCAGCUACGAUCACAAGCCGCAGAAUCAGACUGAGCGGACGCGCGUCGUUAACGCUGGUGGAUACAUCGAGUUUGGUCGCGUGAACGGGAACCUUGCGUUAGCGCGCGCUCUGGGCGACUUCGAGUACAAGAAGAACUACUCGAUUGCUCCCGAAGCGCAGAUCAUCACUGCGAACCCGGAUGUCAUUGAACACAAGAUCACUGAGGACGACGAGUUUGUUGUUAUCGCGUGCGAUGGUAUCUGGGACUGCUUGAGUUCUCAACAAGUCAUCAACAUCGUACGGCUACAGAUAUCCGAAGGCAAAUCCCUCCCAGAGAUCUGCGAAAACCUCUGCGAGCUCUGUCUCGCGCCGGACACCACAUCAGGCGCAGGUAUCGGCUGCGACAACAUGACCGCUAUGAUCGUCGCGCUCUUGAACGGCAAGACCAAGGACGAAUGGUACGCCAUGAUCAAGGACCGUGUGCAGAACCACUACGGGUUCAACACGCCGGACCAGCUCCCGCAGAUCUACGCUACCAACAGGUUGAUGAGCUUCCGCGCGCGUAGGGAGGCGGCAAGCCGCGAUCGCGAUGCGAUGGGCGGUGGAGGGUAUCUCUCCAGUCAGCCGCUCGGCGGGCUCGCGCGCGUGUUGAGCGGGAGCGGGAUCUCGUUCCAUCCCGGGACGGGCAUCAUCUCCGAAGGCGGAACGCUCAUGUUUGAAGAGAACGACUCGGAGGACGACGAUGAGCAUAUGGAUGUGGAGGGUGACGACUACUACGGCGCGCAUGCAGAUGCCGGGUCGGGUCUGGACGGCGCGGCGCCUCCUGAUCUGACGAAGAGCUUGAAGGAGCAGCUCGAAGAGCUGGAACGCGACGAUGCAGAGCUGCGUUUCGAGGAAGCGGAGGACGAUGAGGACGCGUUCAAGGAACCGUUCGACUCUGUCAUCGACUUGUCUGAUGCGGAGAAGACGCGCGCGGAGGUUGCUGCUGAUCGGGAGGGUGCUUCCAGUAGCAAGCAGGGCGAGGCUCCGCCGCCACCCUUGUCGAACGGUGAUGCAUCAGCGUCUUCGGAGGCGCCGAAGCAGUUGACGAGUACGCCCGGUGGCGACGCGCCGUCCGACGCUGUCAAGGCCGAGGGACUGCUCGACAAAAGCGAGGACCCGUUGAAGGCGUGA